CAACUGUUUACAACUGUGUGGACGAAUGAUUACACCACAGUCUCGUAAAGCAGGGGAUACGCGUUUGCAGCGAUACAACUGAAGAGAAAGCAGUACCAAGUAUUAUUGUGUGUCGGAUCAGUGGAACAACAGGGGAGCAAAUAGAACGGAUGGAAUGUACGAGCAACGGUGUUCAACUAUUAAAUAAGCAGCUUGAUCAACUGUCUCCGGCGCUGGAUCCGCUACAUUAGGCCUGAUGGAGCUGGGCACUCGACGAGCGCUGACCACUGAGGAACACCCACCACACUCUGCCCCCCACUGCCAACCUUGAAGGGAGGGACCCCUCUGCUUCUCCCCCCCCUUUCCCCUUCUCCCCUCCUCCUCCACUCCAACACUACCUCCUCUGGUACGCCUCCAUCCUCGCCCCUCCGUGGUCCUGAGAUGGUGAUGAUGGGGAAGCUGAAGCAGAACCUGCUGGUGGCCUGUCUGGUCAUCAGCUCAGUCACAGUCUUCUACUUGGGUCGUCACGCCAUGGAGUGUCACCACCGCAUCGAGGAGCGCAGCAGCCAGCCUGGGGACCAAGGGCUUCUGGGGGGCCUUCAGGGGCCGGGAGGGGUCCUCCUGGGCGGCUCGUUGGGCUCCUCCGCCAUCCUGCGGGGCUCCGGUCCCGGGGGUCGUAACCUCUCCGUUCCAUUUGUCUACAACAAGGACAUGCCCCUAGUGUUCAUCGGAGGGGUUCCCAGGAGUGGGACAACGUUGAUGAGAGCCAUGCUUGAUGCUCACCCUGAGGUUCGGUGUGGAGAGGAGACCAGGGUUAUUCCACGUAUCCUGGCCAUGAAACAGAUGUGGUCGCGGUCGGGGAGGGAGAAGAUGCGUCUGGACGAGGCCGGGGUGACGGACGAGGUCCUGGACGCUGCCAUGCAGGCCUUCCUCCUAGAGAUCAUCGUGAAGCACGGCGAGCCCGCCAACUUCCUCUGUAACAAGGACCCCUUCGCUCUGAAGUCCCUCUCCUACCUGGCUAAGAUCUUCCCGCACGCCAAGUUCGUGCUCAUGAUCCGGGACGGACGUGCCUCUGUCCAUUCGAUGAUCUCGCGUAAGGUGACGAUCGCUGGCUUUGACCUGGGAAGCUACAGAGACUGCCUGACCAAGUGGAACAGGGCCAUAGAGACCAUGUACACUCAGUGCCUGGAGGCCUCAGACAAGUGCCUGCCGAUGCAUUACGAACAGCUGGUGCUCCAUCCAGAGAAGUGGAUGAGGACGCUGCUCAAAUUCCUGGACAUUCCCUGGAACGAGGCGGUACUUCACCAUGAGGAACUCAUAGGGAAAGCAGGAGGUGUCUCCCUCUCCAAGUAAGUAGUGGUGUUGGGAGUGUGUGU